AUUCCGCGGUACGUAUCAGCUGUUCGGUGACAGUUUGCCAGCCGUGAGAGUAGAGAGUCGAGGUUUAUUGUUUGGGAAGCAAUAUGGCUAUCUGGUGAUUAGUAACAGUGCGAUACGUAGACAAAGAAACAACGCAGUUCUCAUGAUAUUUGGAGACGCGUUGUGCAUCCUAUAGUUUAAUUUAAAAUAACAGAAACAAUAGAAUCGAUAGAAUGUUGGAACUCGAGGUGGUGCCCGAAAGAUCCCUCGGUUGCGAGCAGUGGGAAUUUAUUUUAGGUAUGCAUUUUUCUCAAUCUGUAUCAAUAAUACAAUCCCAAGUGGGCAUUAUAAGGGGAGUACAAGUACUUUAUAGUGAUAGUAAUCCUUUAGAUGUAGAUUUAGAUAACUUACCUCAUGAUGGAGUUCGACUUAUAUUCGAUCCAGUGGUGCAAAGGCUCAAAAUAAUUGAGAUUUAUAAUAUGAAGUUAGUUAAACUCAAAUACUGUGGUUUGCCAUUCAAUUCACCAGAGGUUUUGCCAUCUAUUGAACAGAUUGAGCAUUCCUUUGGAGCAACUCAUCCUGGUGUUUAUGAUAGUGACAAACAAGUAUUUGUAUUAAAUUUUCGAGGAUUAUCAUUUUACUUCCCCAUUGACUCAAAGUUCCAACCUGGAUAUGCACAUGGAUUAGGAUCAUUGCAAUUUCCAAAUGGAACUUCUCCUCUUGUAGCAAAAACAGCUAUUUAUGUGGGUAACAUGGGUGCUGGAGGUGGAAGUGAUGAACACAAUUUAAAAGCACCACCACCACCUUUACCACUCGUCUGCUAUCAUAACAAUUUGUAUUUAGAAAAAGCAGAUGUUAUACGUGAUAAAAUGCGUACACGAGGUCUUAAAUUACAUCUCUUCACUGAAGGUAGUUCUGUAACAAGAGUAUUAUUGGAACCGAAAAAACGCUGCUUAACCAAAGAGGUGUUAUUUGGAGACACUUGUGAAGAUGUUUUAAGUGCUUUAGGAGCACCGUCUCGAGUGUUUUUCAAAGCCGAGGAUAAAAUGCGUAUUCAUAGUCCUCAUGCACAUAAACGUGAUAAAAUAAGACGGUCGGAUUUCUUCUAUAAUUAUUUUACUUUAGGAUUGGAUGUUUUAUUUGAUGCCAAAACUCAAUGCGUUAAGAAGUUUGUAUUACACACGAAUUAUCCAGGGCAUUAUAAUUUUAACAUGUAUCAUCGCUGCGAGUUUUCUUUAACUCUUCCACCAGAAAAUAAUUCCACCGAAUCGGGAAAACUCAUAGAUGUUUCCCCUUCUCCAGUUACGAUCACUGCCUAUACGAAAUGGGAUAGAAUAAGUGAGCAAUUGAAGGCUAGUGCACGGCCAGUAGUAUUAAACCGUGCUUCCUCGACGAACACAACAAACCCAUUUGGUUGCACAUUUUGUUAUGGUAUACGCGAUGCGAUUGUUGAAGUUAUGGCAAAUCAACAUAUUGCGAGUGUAACGUUAUACAGAGCGGUGUGACCUUGAUAAUUUAUACAAUAAUAUGGUGCAUUAUAAACCGCUCUUUAAAGAGCAAUUGAUGGAAUGGUGUUUUUUUGCAAAACAAACAAAAAAAAAAAAAUAGGCAAGUUUUAAGUCUGUUAGAAAUUGCAUAAUAACAUCAACAACUUUGAAAAAGACUGUACAAUGCAAAGAGAAUUAACAAGAGUGCAAAUAUUUACAAAAUCCUGAUGCAGUUUUUUUUCUUAACAUUAAUGUAACAACAUUGAAACCGCAAAGAUUUCAAGUAAAAUUAAGAAAAAAAAAAGAUUACUAAGGAGGCAAUGACGAUA